GUGUUAGUCGGAUUUGACCUCAAUUAUGUCAGGUUGACCAUUUAAUGUGUCUAGCCAUUAAUUAUUCUACUUUUGAUUCACCAAGAAACCUUAGAUCAUUCAACAUCGCUGGACAGAAAUCGGCCAGGGUAUACCUUAGCUUCAUUUACUUCAAUAAGGAUACAGUGAAGUCAUGACAUGGAAGUGGGGCAUUCGGAAAGAAAGUACAAGUAGAAUGGAAUCACGGGGUGGCCAUUCCCCAAGACCCAUAAAAUUAGAAAUGAGAUCACCUAGUCAUCAUAAUAAUGGAGGACAGCGUUCACCACGUUCACAGCGUAGAGAGGCCAUUGCUCAAGCAGCAUCUGAUCAGCUGAUUGGAGAACCAAUGGUAGAUAGACGACAUUCAACAGACAGUCAGUCACAUGCCUCAGAAUCGUUUUCUGGUCGUAGAUCAGACCUGUAUAGUCCCGAACUCGAGGAACAUUUUGUAUCAAAACGUUCUCCAGUAGAUAGUCACACAUCAGAAAAAAACUUAAACAGACGAUUGUCCAAUGAGAGAUUCUGUACUGAAGCAGAUGCGCAAGACAUACUUGACGGUAAAAUUAUGGUGGAACGAUCAUUUGCAAACACUGAUGCUCUCUUGAUGAAAAGAACUUAUGAUAGACAUAGCUUGGCCCUGGCAGAAUCCAUAAUAAAACAGAGUCAAAGUCAUGGAGGACUCGGUGAACAAAUGCUUGUUAAAGUUUCUGCAAUGGAGCCGUUAGAAGUGGUGACCAGACGACCAUCAUUAGAUAACUCAAUAAGAAAUGAAGCCAUGAUGGUGAGGCGUCCUGUAGUUGAGACACAGCCUGCUACAAGCAGCGAUAGAAGUUCACCCGGUACUCAAGUUGUUUGGAGCAGUGAAUAUUGUGAAAAUAGCAAGUAUUCUGGGGAAUCGAACAAUAGUCCUGUGUCAAGUUAUGUUGAUUCUAACACCACAUCUCUUCCAUCUACUGUCAACUGUGUCUCGCCAACAACAUCAAGCAAUGGUCAGAGAGGAGCACAGACAGUAUUAAAAUGUUUAGUAUGCAGUGAUAAAUCUUCUGGUGUUCAUUAUGGGGUACUAGCGUGUGAAGGAUGCAAGGGAUUUUUUCGUAGAGCUUUACAAAACGUUGGGGAUCCAGCCAGAAAGAAAUGUUUUUAUAACAAGAACUGUGAGAUCAAUUUACAAACCAGAAACCGAUGUCAAUACUGUCGUCUGCAGAAGUGCUUGGCUUUAGGCAUGUCUAGAUCAGCUGCUAAACUAGGCCGAAGAUCACGUAAAAUGCGAGAAAUGAUUAGAACCAUUGAAGACACACAAACAGAACAAGCUCUACAUGGUUUACUUAGUUUAAAUUCAGAAGGAAAUAGUCAAGUGUUAAAUCAGCUAUCUACAAAUCCUCUGGUUAUUAGUGGCCUUAACUUUCAGGCCGACCCUAAUAACCAGUCCUCAAUGGCGGCAUUGUCCAUGCUGUUAAAACAGCGUACCAACGUUAGUCAGUUAAUUGGAGAACCUAUGGUAGCUGAUCAACAUCCUGAUUCAGAAGAGUUAUCUUCUCCUAAUCAUGAUGAAGAUGACAGUAGAGGGCAGCACAUGGAACCAAUUAUGUUGAAAAAUGAUAUGAAAGAUCAAAGGCACCUCCUGGAUCAAAAUGGUGCCCAAAAUCUGAGUCUAUUGAGAGAAGUUGCGACCAGUAGUCACUCGGAACGUAUCCCAGUUAGCAUAUCUACUUAUCCUAACAGUUAUAAAAGCUCCCCAUCAAAUAAUUUCAACCGAACGUCUCAUGAAUCAACGUUCAUGGUUCCACAUUCUACAGUAAAACAUGAGUAUAUGGAUGAGGAACAUUUGGUUAGUUCUGCCGUAUCUCCAUGUACCAGCAAUUAUAUUCCUGUCUCAUCAGUUCAGAUACCCAGUCCACAGCAACAACAGCAACAACAGCAACUACAACAACAAUCUGUGAUCGUACAAAACCUAACCCUGGAUUUACGCAAAAAAUCUGAGGAGGAAAUCAGUCGUAGUCCAAUCAAAAAGAGACCCUACAUACCAAAUGAUGAAAUCGGUGAUAUGAAAUCAGACAAAAUUGAAACUGUUUCUAAAAUUCGCCAUGUUGAAAAUGAACCAAACCACUUCAGUAAUAAUAACAAAAAACGUAUCACUGAUAAUUUGGCUUUAAGAGCAAGUUUAAAUGCACACCGUGAGGCACUGGCACGCCAGGAGUAUGAAGCCCAUACUUUAUCUCGAGAGCCGACUACUUCAGAGCAUAUGGCUGUAGUGACACCUAUCAUGAAGAACCGAACAAACUUUGUUAGUCGUCGAGAGGAUGAAACAAAAUUAACGAUACCUUCUAUGAUCACAAAAAUCCAUGAAUCUUAUAAUGUGACUUUUACAUUUUUGAAAGUAAGAAUGGCAGAAAUGAAGCAGAAAUUAUUAGAAUUAAGGAAACAGAACAGUAUGGAAAGUAUGAUUGGACGUAUUGUUACAGAACAAUUAAAAAUGGGUGAUGAUGAUAUGACUCCAGGAGAAAGAUCCUGGGAAGGAUUUCAAUUACGGAUGCACAAAACUAUUCAAGAUGUGGUUAUAUUUGCCAAGAAAAUCCCAGGUUUCUCAGGCUUAGAUCAAGAUGACCAAAUAAGUCUAAUUAAAGGGGGUUGCUUUGAGGUUGCUUGUGUCGUCUGUGCACCGUUUGUUGAUGCUGAUAGUAAUACGAUAUACCUUCUGGGAAAUGGAACUCUGGUGACUCGUGAUGAAAUGAAGAUUGGAUUCCCUCUAGGGGAACAUUUUGUAGAGCUGUUAUUUAAUCUCUGUAAUCGUUUUAAUGCAUUUAAACUGCUUGAUUCCGAGAAAGCUUUGUUUAGUGCCCUAGUGAUGAUUUCCCCAGAUCGCCCUGGACUCAAAAACCGAGAUAAAGUAUGCAAGCUACAAGAAAUGUUGAUUCAAGCUCUGCAGUUUGAAAUCUCUGGUUGUCAUCCCGACGAAGUGGGACUUUUUCCUCGAUUGUUAAUGAGCAUAUCAAGUUUACGUGAAUUGGGUGUGGAACAUCGAAGAAUGUUGGAAUCACUCAAAGGUCAAAUGAGCUUUCCUCAUGACCUCUAUGCUGAAACUUUUGACUUGGUGCCAUAAGUUGUUAUAAUUGUGUUUUGUUUAGAAUGGCUCUCCCGGUGAACCAAUCAAAGCAAACCUUGUUUUUUUUUGUAUUCAAAUACUCUUUAUAAAUAUUAGAAGGGAUAAUUUGAUAGUCUAUUUAUUUAUGUUAUUAUGGUAUAUUUAAGUCCAGUCCUGUCCUUGUUGCAUACAACAUUAUUAUGUACCUGUGCUUUAAAUGAAAGUAAAUUUUAUGAAUAUCUAUAUAUAUAUGCCUUAAUUCUUGUAUGCUAUACAUGUGAAGUUUUGACUAUUUUUAAUUAUUAUAUAGUGGUCACUAUCGACCAUUUGUGUUAAGUGUACGAAAGCCCUGUUCACACCAAAGAUACAUUGAUAAAUAUUAUAUGUAUAUAUAUGCACAUAUCUUUCUACUAGAAUUCUUACCUUGGUUACCUACCCCUUUUUCCUGUCAUUUUUUAAAUCAAAUUUCUUGGGGAUUUUUAUCUUUUUUUUAGUCUUCAAGAAAGAAAUAUAUGCAUUUAUUGUUAAUUGAUAUUUCGAACAUUUGUAAUCAUAUUACAUGUAGCACUAUUUGUACAAAGGCUUGAGUAUAGUCUUCCAUGGUUUAAAAACUAUAUAUAAUCUAGUCCAAAUAUACUUUAGCAAAAAAGCUCUUGAUGUAUGGUAGUGUUAACAGGGCUUAAAUAUAAAUGAAGGCAGCAAACUACACCAUGUGAAAAUAAAGCUUUAGAUACAAUUCGUUCAAGUGGUGCCAUCAAUUUGUCUUUUAAUAUGCUUUAAAUGUCCUUUUUCUCAACAUUUCUAGAAUAUUAUAUUGUUAUAUAUCUAUGCCAUAUCAGUAAUAUAUAUUAUACAUUUAUGACACAAUGUUUAAUGUACUUUACUAAAACGAGAGACGAUCGUGUUCUGGUCCCUCGUGCGAUUGCACAAUUCGUCAUACCCGUGAUUUGUAGUCUUGACUAUGCCAGUAUAAAUUGAAAUGUAUUAUAGGUAAUUUGUUAGUCUGUAUGUAGACAGUUAUAUGUUUUAAUGAAACAGUAUGUGUUUCUAACUGACAGUAUAUUAUUAUUGUUAUUAUCAACCAUGAUUUAUUAUCUUUGUGUGGUUUACUGUAUAAUUUUGUGUUCAAUUGAUAACCGGUGAAAGCUUGACCACCAUUGCGAGAAAUUUUAUUAACAGAUUUUAGUUUUUGAUGUUUAUACACACGAACUCGGUGUUUUAUUAAGAUCAAACUAUACAUUAUAUUUCCCGGUAAACAUCAUAUAAUUUGUUCCAAGGUUUGAUUAAUAAAAUUAAACAAAAGAGGAGUGACGUUUUAUCGAUAACAUUGUAGAAAAAUACCCGGUGAUAUUUUUCACUUUUAUUGUCAUCAUUUGUUGUUCACCAUCAUCAACAAUCAUCAAAAAUAUUGGCAAACAUAAUAUCAUUUAGUGAAAAUAUGGACUAUAUUUCUAGGAUAUAAACAUAAAAGUUUAGCCCAGUGAAAUAUAAAAUGGAAGGUAUAAUCCAGUGAAAUUUAAAAGAAAACCUCGAAGUUAAAAAUUAUUGCCAUUAUUUGUUGUUCACCAUCAUCAACAAUUGUCAAAAAUAUUGGCCAACAUAACAUCAUUUUGUGAAAAUAAAGAGUAUAUUUCUGGGAUAUAAUUUAAAAAAUUAUCAUAUCAUUUUUAGGAACAAUAUUUAAAUUUCUAAACUGGUCCUGAUAUACAUCUAAGAAAACAUCAAUCUGAUUAAGAUAUAGGUCUAUAUUUCGUUUCGUUUUUUUUAUAUUUUUGAUGGCCUCUACUACAUGAAGAUCUGACAAGUUGUAGCGGAAGGUUGGUCAGAGGUCAUACGAGCGACCUGUGACACUAUGAUGUCAGAUAUUUGAUUAACCAAUCACCAUUGAUGUUUCUAGGGGGUUACCCACAGUUCAGUGCAUCCCACGCCCAAAACCCGCCAUAACAGACCGUUUCAUUGGCUAAUCCUUAACAUCAUCCAAAACGCGGGUUAUAUAACAACUCUUCCAGAUCCUAGUGUAGUAAAGCCAAGUAAAACGAAAUUUUGAACUAUAAAAAACGAAACGAAAUAGGAUUGAGAAAACCUUGACAUUUGAAAUAUUGAAUUAACUUCUUUCCUUUAAAUUUUUAUUAUGAUUAGUCCAUUAUUAAUUAAAAUAUGAAGAAAAAAACCCAUGAACAAUUUUGUUUUAUGUCUACAGUAUAUAUUACUGUAAGAAUUGUGUGUGUGCUUUAUUUGUUAAAGACAUAUUUUAGUAAAUGUUUAUUUAGUCUUAAAGCACAUAUUAUAUUAUUUGAACUUGUUAAGUUUGUAUUAUAGAUUCCAACUUGUAUUUAUUGGUUUUAAUGUUUUGUUUUUAGUUUGUCCGUCAUUGUGUAGCAUUAGAACAUUUUUUAUAUAUAUAUAUAUAAAUAAUAAUAACAACUGUUAUGCAUAUUGAGAAAAUACAUAUUUAUAUAUGUACAUGUAUAUAUUUAUUAGACUUGUAAUAUUGUGUGUCUACUUACAUUAAUAACUUUUCUAUUAUUAAAAAUUACUACUGUACCAUUUAUUGAUUACUUUAACCUAAUCUGAAGUUUUUACUUGAAUUUGUGUAAAAUUUAUCCAGCAAUAGCAAGUGUUUAAAGGUAACAUAAACCUCAGUCUUCUGUUUGGUUUUACAUUAGAUUUCCAAGUGGUUACUGGGUAAAGAAGAACGAAUGUAAAAUUCAAAUUGUAUCAAAAAUUUGAUUUUCAACUAAGUCUAAACAAUUGGGUAUAUUAAUACACAGAUAAUGUUUUUAACAGAAAUAACUUAAAAUUCAGUGACAUUAAAGUUUGUAAUGAGUAUUUUUAAAACUCAAAUUACCCGGAAAUGACUGAAGAUAUUAUGUUUUAUCAUUAAUAAAAAGUGUUCUCUAUUUAGUAUGACAUGGAUUAAAUGAAAUUUGAGUUAUUUUAUGUCAAAUGCUCAAUAAUGAAUAUGCAUACCAGUUUCUGUGUGUUAAAGGAAUUGUUAUUUAUAUUAAAGACCAUAUGAGAUGUAUUUUCUAUCAUUUUACCAUCAAUUUCAUUGUAAAAAAAAAAGAAACAGUCAUGCUUUCUUUCUGUAUGUGCAUGUAAAUAAUAUGUUACCAAAUGUUUCAUUUAAAAACUCUCAAUACUUGUAAAUCAUUUACAACUAUCAAUAAUAUAUAUGCAUGAUUUUUGAUCAAGAUCCACAUUGUUUGUUAGCUUGAGUACAUUGUCAUGACUUUUUGUUUACAAAAAUAAUCCAUAGGUGUAUGCAUCCUGAAAGACAGAAUUUUAAUUUUAGACAAUUAAAUUUAGUUCAACACUGACUAAACUUGUUCCAGUCAUCAAAUUUAUUUUAAAAAUUUCACUUUUAUGCAUAAUUGUGUUUAAAAAAAUAUAUGAAAUGAAUCCCUGUUAUUGCAACUGUUAUAGUGCUGUAAUUGUUGUUUCGUUCUCAUUAUCGGUAUUUAUAUAUUCUCACUUAAAUCACAUACGUGCCAUGGAGGUUUAUGCACCUUUCUCUUCAAGUUCAUUUCUAAUAAUGACAACUCAUAUUUGAAUUUCAACUUCUAUAUAUUUUUUUUCUAAAUUUCAACACAAGAUGCUUAUUGUUUUUCAUUUGUAAGUUAAGUAAAUUAUUGCUUGUUUAUUUGUGUAUUUAAUUCAUGUUCAUAGUUAAAAAUUUUGUAAAAUAAAAAAAAAUAUUUUGCUUAUCUUCAUACUGAGGAGAAUGUUAAAACAUAUAUACACAUACACACUUUGUCUCUAUAUCAUAUACUAACUGCUUCUCUUUCUUAUAAUGUAGCCAGAUUUGAUGACCUAAUUUACCAAGAUAUGUCAUCUAUGCAAACCGAGAGAUUGAUCCAAAGUUUUCAUGUUACAAAAAGUAGGGUUACCUGCCUAACUCAUAGGUUUUCUCAGCUUCCUAUCACUAUUUGUUUUUGUGGAUUCCAAGCCUAAUCUCUUUAUUAUAAUAUUUCUUUAAUUUGUAUAGAAUAUAAAUUAGUGUUAAAACAUUAUAUAGAAGAGCAGCAGACAGUAUUGUUAUAACAUAUGGGAGGACAUAUUUAUUUCAUUUAGAUAUGAAAUGGUAAAACAUCAAAAAAAGAAAAUGUGAAUUAGCAAAGUCCCCAUUAUAUUGACAGACCUACAUUGUUAUUGUGCUUUGGGCUAUAUGUUAUAUUUUGAUUAUUUCUAUAAGUAUUCUAUGUAUACUAUUAUAAGUCAUAGUUUGUAUAAUUAAACCAAUGUUAUAUAUACUAUAUUAUACUCCAUAUUUAAUAUACAAUAUUUGUAUAUGUAGAUAAUAGAUGAAGGAACAAUUACACACCAGUAUCAAAGUUCGAAAUUGUAUUAAGUCCUAGUACAUUUAAUUCUUCACAAUUCGUUCACUACUAAAGAAAUAUUAUUUUCUUAUUUGGCACAUGUAUUUGCAGUCUGCUGAAUAUAAUUGUAAAUCUUUGUAUUAGUGCAAGCUUUGAGAUGCAUCAUUUUUGUGACACCAUAUACAAAUUCAAAGAUAUGUGUGGAAUGACUUAAAUUAUAGCCAAUAAUCAAUGUAUUGACCUCUUUAUUACAAAAAAUCACAACAUCCAGUAGACUAACCAAAGGAAGAUGCAGUCAGUGACAAAGAUUGGUUAUUAAUGAAUAUGAAAAGGUCAUUUUUUUUAUAUUGUUUAUUCAAAACCUACAGAGGUAAAACUUAUUGCUAAAAAAUCCUAUCAACUAUACCAUCAAUUUAAAACAUUUAGUAAUAUGUUGUGUGCAGUUUAAUUACAGUAUAAAUAAUUAGGCAAAUUAUAUGUUCCCAUUCAAAAACUUGGUUGGUUUUGUUUUAUAAACUGCAUGCUUGUAGUGUUGAAAGUCAUAGUCUACAGCUAUUUAAGUUCAUUACUGUCUUGUUAAUGUAAUGCUCUGAUCAUUCAAUUUUAUAGAAAAAUGACAAUGUAUAUGAUUUGUUAUUGUGUUUAAUACUGGGCAUUCUGUUAUUGUAUUUAUCCCUUUGUACUUGUUCAAUUAGUUCAAAUUAGCCUUGUAUUGUUGCUUACAAAUGUAGUGAGGGAGAAGUGACCAUUUUUAAAGGUUUAUAACAUUCCAUCUAGUGCCAUCAUUGUCAUGCAAUGACUGCUCCUUGGUUGUCAAUCAAAUCAGGAGCUCCUCCCCGGUGUAUGUGAAAACCAGUGAAUUUAACUUAUUUAGAUGAUUGACCAAUCAACUGGCAGUAUUUAUUUAUAAUUAUGCAGAUCUAGUUUAAAGAUUCACACUUGGUGCAAAAUUUCUUGGUGAAUCUCAGUUAUAUUUUUCUGUGUUUGCUAUUAAAAUAAUAAAUCCUUUGUCUCCUCAUA